AUCCUGAGAUCAUAACCCGAGCUGAAGGCAGAAGCUUAACCCACUGAGCCACCCAGGCAUCCCGUAGCUCAUUCUUGAAAGGAGGUUUUAGAAAGCUACGAUGAGGAUUCUGGGGAGAUGGCAGAAUGGGAAGCACCAGGACCCUGGCUCCCAAGCUGGACAGUUGCCCCGGCCGGAAGGUUCCAUGAACUGUGCUGUGCCUUUGGAAUCGGUUGGAGCUCUGCAGCUUGCAGGGGAAACCGUGGAGAAUAAGUUUCCAGCUAAUUCAGUCGACUUUAUCUUUCAGCAUGGUAUCAGCGCCCGGUCUCCCAUUCCUGGACGAGCAGCAGGCAGCCUUGCACACACGGCAGGUGGGAAUGAGCCAGAGUGGGCAGAGAGAACCCUGUCCGGGUACCAGGAGCUCUGCUGUGCCGCUUCUGGUCACGGAGGUGCAGACGCAGAGGGCCUCAUGGUUGCCAGCCCCUCCCUCUCCAGCUGAAGUGACUUCCAGGGCAUUUCCAGGCCAGCAUCCUGCCUUCCGUGAACUUUUUGCUCUGUGACUGUGUGUUCCCAAAGAAAGUCUCAGAAAAGACCUCGGAGGACCUAACUUGUACACCUCCGUUUGAUCCCGGGCACAGAGAUCGCCUCUGAUGAUCCCGCAGACAAAGACAAUAACAAAAAGCAGUAAGCCCUGGGAGAGGUGGGAGGAACCUGGUUUCCAGAGUUACCACACUAUUAGAUUCAGAUGUUCAGUGUGCAGCAGCGGAAUCCCAGGAGAAGCACGGGAUAGGGAAGUCUGGCCCGCUCAGGGAGGGAGCGUAACUGAUCCAUGGCUGUCUCUGAAGAGAUGCAGCGGCAGACGUAUCAGACGAAGACUUUACGACAAUCCUGAAGAUGUGGCGCAUCUAGAGGAAGGUGUGCAGGAAGAUUUGGAAUGGAGAGACAUGGACGCAGAUGACUAUGGUGCAAAUGAGGCUCAGGACAGUGACUUCCCAGCAGUGGAGAGGAGCAGGCUGCGGGAGAUGCUGUCGCUUCUGGGCCUGGACACCUACCAGGCCCACAAGCUCAGCCUCCAGGACUUCCUGCAGAUCAGCAGCGACAGCAUGAAGAACCGGGCCCCUCAGGCCCCCAGGGACUUGCCCUGGAAUUUCCUCAGGAAGCUGCAGGCUCUCAGCUCCGAAGCCCGGAGCACCACCAUGGUGCUGGACGCGCCCCCGGAUGCCAGGCCCGCAGAGAAGGAGAGCCAGAUGGAGGAGGAGAUCAUCUACUGGGACGCGGCCGACGACCUCGCCGCGGACAUCUACUCCUUCUCUGAGCUGCCAACGCCCGACACGCCUGUGAACCCCUUGGACCUUCUCUGUGCCCUUCUGCUGUCCUCGGACAGUUUCCUGCAACAAGAAAUCGUGCACAAGAUGUCCCUCUGUCAGUUUGCCCUCCCCCUUGUCCUGCCUGACUCGGAGAACCACUACCACACGUUUCUGCUGUGGGCCCUGAGGGGUGUCGUGCGGACAUGGUGGGUGCAGCCCCCACGGGGGGUGGGCAGCCUUCGCGAAGACAGCGCGGUCCUGUCGCGGGCACCUGCUGUCGCCUUCGUGCGCAUGGAGGUCAGCAGCAACUCUAAGUCCCAGCUCCUCAACGCUGUGCUAGGCCCAGGCCACAGGCCACGGGACUGCUUCUGGCACCGUGAUCUGAACGUGGGCACCAACCCUCGAGAGAUCGCAGACGGGCUGGUGGAGGUCUCCUGGUUUCUUCCCAGCGGCCGGGAGGACCUGGACAUUUUCCCGGAGCCCGUGGCCUUCCUGAACCUGCGGGGCGACAUCGGGUCUCACUGGCUGCAGUUCAAGCUGUUGACGGAAGUGUCCUCUGCCGUGUUCAUCUUGACGGACAACAUCAGCAAGAAGGAGUACAAGCUGCUGUACUCCAUGAAGGGGUCGGCCACAAAGUACUACUUCAUCCUGAGCCCGUACCGCGGGAAGCGCAACGCCAACCUGCGGUUCCUCAACAGGCUCAUCCCGGUGCUCAGGAUGGACCACUCACACGUGCUGGUGAAGGUCAGCAGCACUGAUGGCGCUGGCUUCGUGCGCAGGGUGCGCGCCAUCGUGGCUCACGUGGCGCGGGCCCCCUGCCGGAGGCUGUCCGUGGAGGAGAUGGCGCACGCGGCGCGCAAGCUUGGCUUGCGCGUGGAUGAGGACUGUGAGGAGUGCCAGCGGGCGCGCGGCCGGGCGGAACGCAUCACCCGGAGGGUCAAGGACGCGGACGCCUACCGCAGGGAUGAGCUGCGGCUGCAGGGCGACGCCUGGAGGAAGGCGGCCCAGGUGGAGAAGGAGCUGUGCCGGGCCCAGUGGGCCGGGGACCCCCCGGACAAGGAGCUGAGGCAGCGGCUGCUGGAGCUGCGGGCGCAGCAGCUCGGGCAUGAGCCCGCCGGGGGCUUGCAGGAGUUCAUCUCGGGCAUCAGCGGCCCAGCCCCAGGCGAGAAGCUGUACUUCCUGAGGUGGAUGGAGUGGGGGCUGGCCCGGGUGGCCCCGCCGAGGCCGCGGCAGCCUCCGGAGACCAUCCUCGCGCUGAGACCGAAGCACUGUGGGGCUGCGGAGUCCGGCGAGCCCCUGGGCGUGGAGCACUUCCUGCGGGAGAUGGGGCAGUUUUACGAGGCUGAGAGCUGCCUGGUGGAGGCGGGGAAGCUGCUGGCCGCGCAGAGGCGCUUCGCCCACUUCCCGGGCUUGGCCUCAGAGCUGCUGCUGAAGGGGCUGCCGGUGGAGCUGAUCGAUGGGAGCGCGCGGAGCACCCCGCUGCGCUGGGUCUCGGGGCUCCUCCGGGAGCUGCACGCGCGCCUGGAGCGGAGGCCGCGGCUGGUGGUCCUGUCGGCGCUGGGCCUGCCGGGCACGGGCAAGUCCACACUGCUCAACACCAUGUUCGGGCUGCGCUUUGCCACGGGGCGGGGCCGGGGGCCUCGAGGGGCCUUCAUGCAGCUCGUCUCGGUGGCCGAGAGCUUCAGCCAGGACCUGGGCUGCGACCACAUCCUGGUGAUAGACUCCGGGGGCCUGAUUGGCGGGGCCCUGGCCUCAGCUGGGGAGCGGUUCGAGCAGGAGGCCUCCCUGGCCACGCAGCUCCUGGGGCUGAGCAACGUCACCGUGGUCAGCUUAGCCGAGACUAGGGACAUACCGCCAGCCAUUGUGCAUGCAUUUCUGAGGUUGGAGAAGACGGGUCGCGUGCCCAACUGUCAGUUCGUGUGCCAGAACCUUCAUGACGCGUGUGCCCCUGGGCCCAGGCCGCGAGAGAGGAGGCCGCUCCUGGAUCUGCCUGGUGAGGCGGGCAGGGCCCCGGUGCACACGGAGAGACCGGGUGGCGGCAUGCGGACUCUGGCGGGCCUGGCCUUCUGUGACCCCGGAAAGCAGCAUAUUUGGCACAUCCCAGGCCUGUGGCACGGGGUGCCUCCUAUGGCCGCAGUAAGCCUGGCGUACAGUGAGGCCAUUUUUGAGUUAAAGCGAUGCCUUCUGGAGAACAUCCGGAACGGCCUGUCCAACCCCAACAAAAACAUCCAGCAGCUCAUUGAGCUUGUCAGGCGGCUCUGAGUGUCCGGGGGGAGGCCUGUUCCAGGGCCGGGGUCCUCAUGGGGCCGUGCCCGAAGCCUGAGCGGGGCUGGCGGCCCACCUGUGCGAGAAGGGAGAGAAGCAGAAGCUGGGGGCCUGGAGUUUCCUACACAGUGUUGAGGAAAGAGGUGACCUCACAGCCCGGGUCGGAGGUGCUCUCAGGAGCAGAGUGGCCCUUGGCCGGGGGGAGGGGGGGGACGACGCAGCAGUGCUCUGUGUCCAGGCCUCCUCUCUGUGCCCCUGGAGCGCAGCCUAGACGCUGUCCUGAGGAAGCGGGGGCAGGCCUUUGGCAACUCUGUCCUGCCAGUUCGACUGCCCUGUCCCCCAUGGCCAUCUGUUUACACCGUCCCCCUGCAGCGGUCUGUUUACACCUCUACCACACUCAGCCCAGCGCUCCCUCCUGCCCAGCUCCUGAGUCUGCACCCCCCAGGCUGUGAGCUCCUUGAGGGGAGGGCUGUGUGUGACUCCACUCUGUCCCCUGGGGCCUGGCAAGGGGCCUGGCACACUGUAGGCACUUAAUAAAUGUUUGUUAAAAGAAUGGAA